AUUGAUGAGAUUCAGGUUAUGCGUUUUUGGCAAGACUAUUACAGAAGUGACGCCGUGUCCUCAGUGCAUCAUAUCAGAGGGUACAUGACAUUGAUAAGUUUUAUUACUAAUUAAGUCUGAUCAGUUUGUUAGGUUGAUAUUUUAAUUGUAAAGUUAAUUUUUUUUUUUCUUUUUAAAUUAACAGAUAGCUUGUGGGGAGAAAUGCUGAGACUAUGUGGAAGUUUAUUUACCACACUCUCACCCACUAGUUUUAGGUUACAGUCUUGCCUACAGCAAUUAUUACUGUGGUGUUUACCUAUGCUUUUAUUUCUAGUUCUCUUUAUACAUUUAUUUUUAUUAUAUAUAUAUUUUUAGAUUUUAUUUAUUUGAGAGAGAGAGAGAGUGUGCGCAAGAGAGCACAAGUGGAGUGAGGGGCAGAGGGAGAAGCAGGGAGCCUGAUGUGGGGCUUGAUCCCAGGACUCCAGGAUCAUGACCUGAGCCAAAGGCAGAUGCUCAACUGACUGAGCCACCCAGGCGCCCCUCUUUCUACAUUUAUUAAAUGGAAUUCUGCUGUAAGGAAGAGCUGUCUUUUCUCCCCAUUUUAUUAUUUAUUUGUUUGUUUAUUAUUAUUUUUAUGUUUUACUUUUUUAAGUAAUCUCUACACCCAGCAUGGGGCUCAAACUCACCACCCUGAGAUCCAGAGUCGUAUGCUCCACUGACAGCCAACCAGGCACCCCUCCUCUCCCCAGUUUUUAAUUUAUUUUUUCAGUUGUUUUGUUUAUAUCAGUAUGGGCUCAUGGAUUUUUAUUCUAUUGGUUUUAAUCCAUUAGUGUCAUCAUUUAUUAUGUGGCUCAAAUUGUCCCCGAUUUGGCCAUUGAGAGCUUGUUGUAGGGAGCCUCUAAGAUGGCCCCCUUGUGUAAUUCCUACCUCCUGGUAUUCAGGCCCCCUUGUGUAAUCUCCUCUCCUUGAGUGUGGGCUGGAUUUAGUGAUGUUUCUAAUGAAUAGAAAAGGUGAUGGGAUGUCAUUUCUGAGAUUCGGGUAAGAAAAAGACUGGCUUCCAUCUUGGGCAAUCUCUCUUGCUGUCUCCUUCUCUUGCUUCCUUGCUCCCUCACUUCCUUGCUCUGAUGGAAGCCAGCUACCAUAUUGUGAGCUGUCCUAUGGACCGGCCCCUGUGCCAAGGAACUGAGAGAGGCCUUUUGGCAACAGCUAGUGAAAAACUAAGGCCCUCAGUCCAGUACUCCCCAAGAUCAUCUUAUAAGCUCACUACUAUCCAAUGUUGUACUGGAUGUUCUAGCCAUAUCUAUAAAGCAAGGAAAAGAAAUAAAAUGCAGACGGUGGAAAGAAGUAAAAAUGUUUUUAUUCACAGACGACAUGCUUGUCUGUACACAAAAUCUGAGGGAGAUUACAAAAAGCUUCUGGAACUAUUAACACUUCAGCUGUUACAGAUGCAAAGUCAUCUACAGACAUUAAUUAUAUUUCUGUGUGCUAGCAACAAUCAGAAAUUGAAAAAACAUUUUAAUGCCAUAUACGGUACUAUGAAAAAUAUUAAAUGCUUCUGAAUGAACUUGAGAAAAGAUACGGAACACCUUUACACUGAAAACUACCAAACAUUGCUCAGAGAAAUUAAAGAUCAAAGUAAUGGCAAGAGAGGCUGUGUUCAUGGAUUGGAAGACUCAAUGUUGUUAAGAUAUCUGUUCUUCCUGGGCGCCUGGGUGGCUCAGUCGUUAAGCGUCUGCCUUCAGCUCAGGUCAUAAUCCCGGGAUCCUGGGAUCGAGCCCCGCAUCGGGCUCACUGCUCCGCGGGAAGCCUGCUUCCCCCUCUCCCACUCCCCCUGCUUGUGUUCCUGCUCUUGCUAUCUCUCUCUCUGUCAAAUAAAUAAAUAAAAAUCUUAAAAAAAAAAAAAGAUAUCUGUUCUUCCUGAAUUAGUAUUUUCAAUGUAAUCAAAAUAAAAAUCCCAGCUGGGGCUCCUGGGUGGCUCAGUCAUGAUCUCAGAGUCCUGGGAUAGAGCCCCACGUCAGGCUCCCUGCUCAGUGGGGAGUCUGCUUCUUCCCCUCCUCCUCCUCCUGCUCAUGCUCUCUCUCAAGUAAAUAAAAUCUUUUAAAAAUCCCAGCAGGCUUUUUUGGUAGAAGUUUGCAAAUUGAUUCUAACAUUUAUGUGGACACACUGAGGACUCAGAAUGGGCAGACCAACUUUGAAGAAAAACAAAGUGGGAGGACUCAAGCUAUAUGAUUAUAAGAUAUAUUAUGAAGCUAUACAAUGAAGAAGAUAUGUUGGCAUAAAGAUAGCCAAGUUAUCCUGAAAUAAUGAAAGAAUAGAAAAAAUGAAAUAUGAAAAUGAAAAAAGAAGACAGUACAGAAAUAAACCCACAUGUUGAUUUUCAAAAAGGUGCUGCCAUAAACUGAAUGUGUCCACCUAAAUGUCAUAUGUUAAAUCCUAAUCUCUAAGGUGAUGGUAUUAGGAGGUGGGGUACUUUUCAAUUAAUUAGGUAAUGAGAGCAGAGCCCUAAUGAAUGGGAUUAGUGUCCUUAUAAAAAAGAAACCCUAGGGAGUUCCUUUGUCCCUUCUGUCAUGUGAGGACACAGGAAAAAAAACACAGUCAUCUAUAAAUUAGGAAGUGGGCCCUACCAGAUACUAAAUCUGCUUGUGCCUUGAUCUGGGUCUUCCCAGCCUCUUUGUUGUUUGUAAGCUCCCCAGUCUAUGGUAUUCUGUUAUAGCAACCGGAAUGGACUAAGAUGGACGCCAGAGCAAUUCUAUGGAGAAUGGCUCUGGAACAAUUAGAUAGAUGCAGAAAAAAUAACCUCAACCUUGCCUCACAUAAAAAUGGAUCAUAGACCUAAUUGUUAAAUUAAAUUAGAACUAUAAAACUUCUAGAAAAAAAACAAAAUCUUUGUAACCGUGGGUUUAACAAAGAUAUUUUAACUAUAACUUAGGCAUGAGCUAUACAAGAAAAAAAUCCAUCUAUUGGGCUUUAUCAAACCAUGAGGAAACUCUGAAGUGUGGAGAGAAGAUGGGAGACUUGGGAAGGAAUCUUGGGAUCUGAAAAUGACAUGACAGUGAGUUCUCUUUUUGCUUAAUAUAUCCUGGAUUUGGUGCUGGAGAAGCCAACAACCUGGAAAUACCAACGGGAGUUGGGAAGGGGAGGAGCCCCAACAGAAGCCUGUUCUCUUUCACCCAAGGACCAGGAAUGGGGCAACUUAGCAAGACAGAAAAAUUAUAAGCAGUAACUGCUUUACUAUAUUCAAACACCAUGGAACAAAAUGGGGCCCCAUCCGCAUUAGCAAAGGUUAAGUGGGGAGCCUAGACUUUUAUGAUAGCCAUGUUGUAAAGAGGCAAUCCUCCAUCCUUGCUGGGGUGAUGUCAGAGAAGGCCCAGAGGAGAUGGGAUUGUCGUGCCCCCCCACAGUGAUGAUACCUUUUCUCGCUCACAGUGAAGGCCACAUGGGGAGCAGUUACAAGGUAUUCCUUACCCUCUGUAUUGGUGUUCUCUAGAGAAACUAGGGGUUGGGGUGGGAAAAGGGAGAUAUAUUUAUUAUAAGAUACUGGCUUAUGGGAUUAUGGGGGCUGAGAAAUCCCAUGAUUGGCUCUGUACAAACUGGAGACCCAGGAGAGCUGGUGGUGUGGUUUGAAGGCUGAGUACUGGAGAACUAAUGCUGUGGAUUCCAGUCUGUGUCUGAAGGCCUGAGAACCAGGAGCACUGAGUGCGGAAGAUUGAUGUCUUAGUUCAAGCAUUUAGGCAGAGAGCCAAUUUAACUUUCCUCCACUUUUUUUGUUCUGUUUAGGCCCUCAACAGAUUGGAUAUUACCAUCCACAUUGGGGAGGAUCAUCUGUUUUAUUCAGUCCCAUCAAUUCAAAGGCUAAUCUCUUCUGGAAACACCCUUACAGAUGCAUUCAGAAAUAAUCUUUAACCAGCUACCUGGGCAUUUUGUGGCCCAGUCAAGUUGACAUAAAAAUUAACCAUCACAUUCUUGCAGCCAGGGUGAUGGACUUUCAUCUUCACUUAGCUGUAAUAAGGUGGGGUCUUCCUUCUUGUGCUUGUGUGAUGUCAGAGGAGGCCAACAACCUGGAACUGUGAGAAAUAAAUCUCUGUUGUUUACAAAUGUAACUCAGAAUUCUCUAUACAGUGAAAAUAUUCUUCUGGAAUAAAAUGGAAAUCAAGACAUUCUCUGAUGAAGGAAAACUAAGAGGAUUUGUCACCAGAAGAUCUGCCCAUUCAAAAAAAAAAAAAAAGAAAAGAAAAAGAAAAAAAAGCUAAAGGAGUUUCUUCAGUUUGAAAGGAAAUGAUAAAAGAAGGAAUCUUGAAACAUCAGGAAGGGAUAUAGAACAGUAGAAAGAGUAAAUAUGGUAGAAGUGGAAUUACUGGUCAAAGGACGUUCAGAGUUGGGAGAAGUGGCCCCAGAAAUAAAAGCAUCUGAGAGACGAACAGCGGUGGCCAUUGCAGAUUUGGAAUGGAGAGACAUGGACCCAGAUGACUAUGGUACAAAUGAGGCCCAGGACAGUGACUUCCCAGCAGUGGAGAGGAGCAGGCUGCAGGAAAUGCUGUCUCUUUUGGGGCUGGAGACCUACCAGGCCCAGAAGCUCAGCCUCCAGGACUCCCUGCAGAUCAGCAGUGACAGCAUGAAGAACUGGGCCCCUCAAGCUCCCAAGGAUUUGCCCUGGAAUUUCCUCAGGAAGCUGCAGGCCCUCAACGCUGAAGCCAGGAACACCACCAUGGUGCUGGACGCGCCCCCGGACGCCAGGCCCGCGGAGAAGGAGAGCCAGAUGGAAGAGGAGAUCAUCUACUGGGACGCGGCCGACGACAUCUCCGCGGACAUCUAUUCCUUCUCUGAGCUGCCAACGCCCGACACGCCCGUGAACCCCUUGGACCUCCUCUGUGCCCUUCUGCUGUCCUCGGACAGUUUCCUACAACAAGAAAUCGUGCAGAAAAUGUCCCUCUGCCAGUUUGCACUCCCCCUCGUCCUGCCCGACUCGGAGAACCACCACCACACGUUUCUGCUAUGGGCCCUGAGGGGCGUCAUGCGGACGUGGUGGGCACAGCCCUCACGGGGGGUGGGCAGCCUCCGAGAAGACAGUGCGGUGCUGUCACGGGCGCCCGCCUUCGCCUUCGUGCGCAUGGAGGUCAGCAGCAACUCCAAGUCCCAGCUCCUCAACGCCGUGCUCAGCCCAGGCCACAGGCCGCGGGACUGCUUCUGGCACCGCGAUCUGAACGUGGGCACCAACCCUCGGGAGAUCGCAGACGGGCUGGUGGAAGCCUCCUGGUUUCUUCCCAGUGGCAGGGAGGACCUGGACAUUUUCCCCGAGCCCGUGGCCUUUCUGAACCUGAGAGGUGACAUCGGGUCUCACUGGCUGCAGUUUAAGCUGUUGACCGAAGUGUCGUCCGCCGUGUUCAUUUUGACUGACAACAUCAGCAAGAAGGAGUACAAGCUGUUGUACUCCAUGAAGGGGUCGGCCACGAGAUACUACUUCAUCUUGAGCCCGUACCGCGGGAAGCGGAACACGAACCUGCGGUUCCUCAACAGGCUCAUCCCGGUGCUGAAGAUGGACCACUCGCACGUCCUGGUGAAGGUCAGCAGCACCGACAGCGCGGGCUUCGUGCGCAGGGUCCGCUCCAUCGUGGCUCACGUGGCCCGGUCCCCCUGCAGGAGGCUGUCUCUGGAGGAAAUGGCCCACGCGGCGCGUAAGCUGGGGCUGCGGGUGGACGAGGACUGCGAGGAGUGUCAGCAGGCCAAGGACCGGAUGGAGCGCAUCACCAGGAAAAUGAAAGACUUGGAUGCCUACCGCAGGGACGAGCUGAGGCUGCAGGGGGACCCGUGGAGGAAGGUGGCCCAGGUGGAGAAGGAGCUGUGCCAGGCCCAGUGGGCCGGGGACCCUCUGGACAAGGGCAGGGCCGAGCUGAGGCACAGGCUGCUGGAACUGCGGGCACAGCAGAACGGCCACGAGCCCGCCGGGGGCGUGCAGGAGUUCAUCACGGGCAUCAGCGGCCCCUCCCUGGGCGAGAAGCAGUACUUCCUGAGGUGGAUGGAGUGGGGGCUGGCCCGGGUGGCCCAGCCGAGGCCGAGACAGCCCCCGGAGACCACUCUCACGCUGAGACCGAAACACUGUGGGGUCGUGGACUUCAGCGAGCUGCUCUGGCCAGAGCCCCUGGGGGUGGAGCACUUCCUGCGGGAGAUGGGACAGUUUUAUGAGGCAGAGAGCUGCCUCGUGGAGGCAGGGAAGCUGCCGGCCGGCCAGAGGCGCUUUGCCCACUUCCCAGGCUUGGCCUUGGAGCUGCUGCUGAAGGGGCUUCCCUUGGAGCUGAUUGACGGGAGCACGCUAAGCACCCCCCUGCGCUGGGUCACGGGGCUCCUCAAGGAGCUGCACGUGCGCCUGGAGCGGAGGUCGAGACUGGUGGUCCUGUCGGCGCUGGGCGUGCCGGGCACGGGCAAGUCCACGCUUCUCAACACCAUGUUUGGGCUGCGCUUUGCCACGGGGCGGGGAUGUGGGCCUCGAGGGGCCUUCAUGCAGCUCGUCACGGUGGCCGAGAGCUUCAGCCAGGACCUGGGCUGUGACCACAUCCUGGUGAUAGACUCUGGGGGCCUCAUAGGCGGGGCCCUGGCCUCGGCCGGGGAGAGGUUCGAGCUGGAGGCCUCCCUGGCCACGUUGCUCAUGGGGCUGAGCAACGUCACCGUGGUCAGCUUAGCCGAGACCAGGGACAUACCACCGGCCAUUCUGCACGCGUUCCUGAGGUUGGAAAAAACGGGGCACAUGCCCAACUAUCAGUUUGUGUACCAGAACGUUCAUGACGCGUGUGCCCCCGGCCCCAGGCCGAGAGAGAGGAGGCUGCUCCUGGAUCCGCCCGCUGACGUGAGCAGAGCCGUUGCGCAAAUGGAGAAACAGGGCGGCGGCAUCCGGACGCUGGCGGACCUGGCCUUUUGUGACCCCGAGAAGCAGCAUAUCUGGCACAUCCCUGGCCUGUGGCACGGGGUGCCUCCCAUGGCCGCGGUGAGCUUGGGGUACAGCGAGGCCAUUUUUGAGUUAAAGAGGUGCCUGUUGGAAAACAUCAGGAAUGGCCUGUCCAACCAGAACAAAAACAUCCAGCAGCUCAUUGAGCUGGUCAGACGGCUCUGAGUGUCUAGAGGGUGGCCUGUUCCAGGGGCGGUGUCCUCCCGGGCCCGAGCCCGGCGCCUGAGCGGGGCUGGCGGCUGACCGGUGUGAGAAGGGAGAAAGCGAAAGCCAGGGGGCCUGGGGUUUCCUGCCCAGUGCUGAGAAAGGAGGUGACCGCGCAGACCAGGUCGGAGAUGCUCUCAGGAGCAGAGUGGCCCUGGGGGGCGGCGCGGGGACUCCGCGGUGAUCCACUCUGUGUCCGGGCUCCCUCUCUGGGCCCCCCGAGCGCAGCCGGGACGCUGCCCCGAGGACGCGGGGGGCAGGUCUCCGGCGACCCUGUCCUGCCGGUUCGACUGCCCUGUCCCCCGCACAGCCGUCUGUUUACACCGUCCCCCCACAGCCGUCUGUUUACACCUCCACCACCCUCAGCCCAGCGCAUCCCUCCUGCCCUGCUCCCGCGUCUGCCCCGCCCCAGACUGACCUCCUUGAAGGGAGGGUUGUGUGUGACCUGGCUCUGUCCCCCGGGGCCUGGCUCAGGGCCUGGCGCACUGUAGUCACUUAAUAAAUGUUUGUUAAAAGAA